AUGCCGUCAGGGAAUGCCAUGAGCUUUUUGAUGCUCAUAGCAACAGAAGUGAAUGUGCAGGGAGCAGGGCAAGCCCGUGUGCAGUUACAUAUCCAAAGAAGCAAGGAUAACGUAGUACUGCUAGGGACAAAUGCACUCCAAGCACUGAAUAUCCGCAUACAGUUGGGUGAGCCCAUAGCAGAACUGAGAACAGAGGACGGAAAUGGCGAAUGUGGUGGUACGGUGCGAGCAAUUCAUAGGCAUGUCAUCCCUGCAGGAGGGAUUUCUACAGUACCAAUCUCAGGUCUCAAGUCAGGAUUGGAUGAGUGCAUCUUUUGGUCCACCAAUGAUCGCAUUUCUUCCGGGGUGUUAAAAGCGACACAAGGAGAGGCCCUAGUAUCAGUUAGGAACAGUUCUCAAGAGCCUUGGGUUAUUCGCAAGGGUGAAACUCUGGGGAAAUGGGACAAAGGAAGCGUGGUCAACUACCUGAAUGAAAUGGUGACGCUUAUAUCUGAGUAUGAGGAUGUGUUCGCAAUCUCAGAUUUAGAGCUCACACAGACCGAUUUGUUGCAUCACAGCAUUGAUGUGGGAGAUAGUUUGCCCAUCAAGCAACGCACCCGACCUGUGCCCUAUGCUCUUCGUAGCCAGAGAGUCUGCAUUAUCACUAAAAUAUACGAGGCUGCAACCACGAUCACUAAAAUGCUCCACGUCGAUUUCAUUUGUCCAGGAGGACUUUCAAUUGAUGGACAACGGCUCCCUUGUUCCACGAAUAUGACGUGGCAUGAGAUCUCAGGAAUGCGGAAUUCCCCAAUCGACGGUCUCAUAUUCGACUGUGUGUUCAAGCUCGCUCGCGUGGCCACAAUCAUGUCGCAGACACACACAACUUCGGAGAUGCAAAUGGCCCGUAUAUUGGACGCAGAGUACGACGCAUUAUCGCCAAGUGGACUCGGAUUCGCCAUUUCAUUCUUCUCGGCGAAAUGUCUGCACGUGAUGCAGAGCAUGCAGACGAGAUACUCCACAGAACAUCAGUUCUGCGUGACACAUCCAAGUCGCACUCCUGGCGAUCCAUAUGAUUUGCCGAGUCUUUUCGACUAUGCGUGUAAUUGGGCUCGUGCACACCCAUGGACUGAAACGCUGUGGAAAGAGCUACCUCCUAAAAAGACACUGGUACUGUUGCCAUGCGACUUCAAGGAACACAUAUACUCUAUUCAGUCGCACUGCCAGCUAGUGAGAGUAUAUGCUAAACCGGAUGAUGUGAAAGAAACAUGGUGUCAGGACGAAUUCUCCGCUGUAGUAUUGUUCAGUCCCUCCAGAGCGUUCCCUAGUGCAGCAUGGGCUCAGGCGUGGCAGCUCAUGCUGGGUAUGGUCUCAGACGGAGUAGAGCUUUUCAUUUUGGGAACCCCACGAGACAAGGUGCAAUGGCCGAAAGCGAUCGACGGAUUGAGGGACAUAUGUGAGGAAACAGUUGCCCAGCGCCCUAAACUGAGUGCACGAAUCAAAUGUCUACUGAUGACAAAAUCCGAAGAACAUUCCACUCAUCACCCCUGCAACGUCGUGGAGAACAACUCUGGAUCACAUCCGCACACAUACUCGGCAAGUGAAGUGAAAAGGUUUUACGAAGCCACUCGCAACUUUUAUAUUGCUCAUGUCAGGUUGACUCCAUAUUAUAGCAUACGGACCAAGGUUGGGAGUGGAACCAAGGAUGGCCACCCUACACGGAAAUGCGAUGGAUGUGAGGAGUCACAUGUGAAACAACGGAGGUUACCACAAUGGUCUUAUAGAAGGAAAAAUCGCUUCAGACAGGCUAAUCAUCUCUGCGUCAGCCAUUCCUCCGUAGCUUACGGACAGAACUUCAAAAGUAAUUUUCGACGCUACCACAACAGAGAUUUCAACGGACAAUGGAAUCGAUCAUUGAGGAGGAACAAUCCCAGAGGCUGA